CCUCUCACUCACUCAGUCACCGGGACCUCGGCGAGCAUGAAGAGACACGACUGAGUGGACGCUCACACCGGGGACCAGCGGACAGCGGCGGCUCUGCCUGUGACACUCCUGCACAUUUCCACACACGGACAGCAGCAGCGCUCAGCAUCAUGACCAGGAAGGUGUUCACCAACACUCGGGAGCGCUGGCGCCAGCACAACGUCAACACGGCCUUCGCCGAGCUCCGCAAGCUCAUCCCCACACACCCGCCGGAGAAGAAGCUGAGCAAGAACGAGAUCCUGCGCCUGGCCAUGCGCUACAUCAACUUCCUGGUGCAGCUGCUGGAGAGUCAGAGCGGCCAGCCGGCCGCCCACUCCCCCGCCGCCCUGCUCACCUUCCUCAAGGGCAACAUGGAGCGGCUGCACUCCCCGCCGCACCCCUGGGCCCUGACCAGCGACACCGAGGCCCCGUCGCCCGGCUCCAGCUGCGACAGCUCCGAGGCCUGGUAGAGACAGAGCAGACUCUUGGAUGGAGAAGGAGGAGGAGGAGG